AUGCAGACGCUUCUCCCAGAGCUCAUAGAUGCCGUCUCCGAGCAUAUUCCAUUGACGUGGAAACCGCAGACGCUUUUAUCGCUGUCAUUGACGUGCCGGCGUGUCAACACGAUCGUCAUACCUCAUUUGCUUUACAGGCAUGUACGAAUCGAAGGGGAAGAACUUUGCAGGGCAGCCAUUACUCGAAUGUCGGUCGAGCAGGAGAAUACAGACCGACCACCCCUCGGGCAUUACGUGCAAAACCUUAUCAUUUCGACUCCGCGAACGUCGACCGCAGAGGUUGAUGUCCUUGCUCAGUUCCACAUCUCGAUAUCGAAUGGAGUCUUCCCCCAGCUCCGAUCUCUUGCCAUCAUCCUGGAGGGCGGGUGGCAAUGGGACGGAGAAUCGGGCGAGGAACUAGAGUUUCAUCAGCUUGACCCGCCUUUCUGGAAAUGCCUUGAGACUCGCUGCCCUCAUCUGAGCGAACUGGUGUUGGUGGGACUUAUCGGUCAGGGAGAUGAUCCAGAGACCGUGUCCACUGCGGCCUGUUCUCAGCUGAAGCUGCAUCACAUCUCAAUUGAAAGUGCUGCCAUUGACAUGACUGGCCUGAUGCGUCGGCUCGGCGACCCCAUCAUACGCGAUAAUUUGCAAGCGUUGGAGUUAGCUAGCCCAGGCGACAUCGUGAUUGAUGAGAAGCUGUCUCUGCUGGAUAUGACAUUCCCUCGCCUCAGUUCGUUCAUCCUGGAAGCAGGAGGGUGUGAUCUGGACACCGUAGAGUUCUUCGAGCGACAUCCGCUGUUGACCCGUGUCGAGAUCGGCAUUUACAUGGGCGAUUCCUGGUUUGUUGGGUUCCACGGCGGGUUGCUGCCAAACUUGAAGGUGCUUAAGUGUACAUUCGUAAACGCCAGAUCUGUCUUGCCGCAUAUCGGACACCAAUUGACUACUCUCGAUCUUCUCGAGACAUCAAACUCACAAGCUGUAUGGCUCCUACGCACAAGGGUUUCAGGAGGUAUACUACCACGUCUGCGGUCUCUGGGUAUUCAACUGCGAGCAUCGACCAAUAGCAAGAACAAAGCAGAGAAUGGUCACGGAUGGCGAGAAGACGAGCGCGGUCACCCCUCCCAGGAGAGCCGCAAGAAAUUCCAACGCUAUUUCGACGGCAACUACGUCAUGAGCGUUGCUAAAGCUGCUCCAAACCUUGAAGAGUUGGAGUUGAUGGGGCCAAGUUGCGAUCGAUUGGACGCGAUCUCAUCAUCAUUGUCCCUCAUGCCGAAGCUAAGGCACCUAAGCAUCUCUGGCCCCCAGAAUUACACCCAGAAACCGUUCUUUGAAGUCAGCCGGUUAUGGGUAGAGGACGAUCCCAAGCAACGGGACUUGAUCGUGGAUACUUACGAUCCAGCUCCCCUUUACACGCCAGAUAAUUUUGAACGAGUCGCGCUGGACUUGGCGAAUGGGUGCCGCACGCUUGGGACCAUUUCGCUGAGUAGCCGAGUAGCCGAGUGGUUGGCGGAUGAUAAAACGGCUCGCAUAAUCAGGAACGAAGAAGGCACCGUGGAUACGAUAGUCAUGUCAAAGC